ACCUCCCAACGCCCCAACCAGGUGUUUUGUUUGAAACAAAACAAACAAACAAACAAAUAGAGGGGGGGGGGAAAACACUGUUGCAAGUUGCCGCAUUGCAACAGGCAAAAAGAAGUGAGAAAUCAAAAGAAUCGAUCCGGCCGCCGCCGCCGCUGCUUCGCCCCUGCUGGAGAGCCGCCGGUAGACAAAGUUUCCAAGUGGGAAAAGAAGGAAGGAAGGGGGGGGGGAGCAGAGACACCCGGAGAGGCGCAGGAAGCGAAAGAGGAGGGGAGAGAAAGAAGAGCGAGAGGAGAAGAAAGAAGGAAGAAGAGAGAGAAAGAGAGAAGAGAGAGAAAGACUAAGCGCCUAAGAGCCGGAGUGGAAAUGUCCCGCAGGAAGCAAGCCAAGCCGCGCUCGGUGAAAGUCGAAGAGGGCGAGACAUCCGACUUUACGCUGAACUGGGACUCCACCGUAACCCAAUCAGGAGGUUUCGGAAGAGAGCUGGAGAAUGAUAAAAGAGAGAUCCGGGCGUUGGAGGAGCGGAACAGCAUUACCAGCCAGGAAGAACGGAACGAGGAAGAUGAAGAUAUGGAGGACGAAUCAAUUUACACCUGCGAUAACUGCCAGCAGGACUUCGACUCUUUGGCAGACCUGACCGAACACCGAGCUCACAGCUGUCCAGGAGAUGGCGAAGACGACCCGCAACUCUCUUGGGUAACUUCGUCUCCCUCCAGCAAAGACGUUGCAUCACCCACUCAGAUGAUAGGAGAUGGUUGUGAUCUCGGCAUCGGAGAGGAGGAAGGGGGGACCGGCCUGCCUUAUCCCUGCCAGUUUUGCGACAAGUCCUUCAUUCGCCUGAGCUACCUUAAAAGGCACGAGCAGAUCCACAGCGACAAGCUACCAUUCAAAUGCACCUACUGCAGCCGGCUUUUCAAGCACAAGAGGAGCAGGGACCGGCACAUCAAGCUGCACACGGGGGACAAGAAGUAUCACUGCCACGAAUGCGAGGCGGCCUUCUCCCGCAGCGACCACCUCAAGAUCCACUUGAAGACCCACAGCUCCAGCAAGCCCUUCAAGUGCACAGUCUGCAAGCGGGGCUUCUCCUCCACCAGCUCCCUCCAGAGCCACAUGCAAGCACACAAGAAGAACAAGGAGCACCUGGCCAAGAGCGAGAAGGAGGCCAAGAAGGACGACUUCAUGUGCGACUACUGCGAGGAGACCUUCAGCCAGACCGAAGAGCUGGAGAAGCACGUUGUGACCCGCCAUCCUCAAUUGUCCGAAAAGGCUGACUUGCAGUGCAUCCAUUGCCCGGAGGUCUUUGCCGAUGAGAAUUCUCUCCUGUCCCACAUCCACCAAGCUCACGCCAACAAAAAACACAAGUGUCCCAUGUGCCCUGAGCAGUUCUCUUCCGUGGAAGAAGUUUAUUGCCACUUAGAUAGCCAUCGGCAGCCUGAUUCCAGCAACCACAGCAUCAGCCCGGACCCCGUCUUGGGCAGUGUGGCCUCCAUGAGUAGCGCCACGCCCGAUUCCAGUGCAUCGGUGGAACGGGGCUCCACGCCCGACUCGACCUUGAAACCUUUGAGGGGACAGAAGAAAAUGAGAUCGUUGGAAAGGGAAGAAGGCCAGGCUUGGUCAAAGGUUGCCUACAGCUGCCCUUACUGCACCAAACGCGACUUCAACAGCCUUGCUGUUUUGGAGAUCCACCUGAAGACCAUCCAUACGGAUAAACCUCAGCAAAACCACACAUGCCAGAUUUGCCUCGAAUCCAUGCCUACCUUAUACAACCUGAACGAACACGUGAGGAAAGCGCAUAAAAACCACGCCUACCCGAUGAUGCAGUUCAGCAACAUCUCCGCUUUCCACUGUAACUAUUGCCCGGAGAUGUUCGCCGAUAUCAACAGCCUGCAGGAACACAUCCGUAUCGCCCAUUGUGGGCCGGGAGCCACGACGCAAGAUGGCAACAACGCCUUCUUUUGCAACCAGUGUUCCAUGGGCUUCCUGACCGAAGCGUCUCUGACGGAGCACAUCCAGCAAACUCACUGCAACAUUGGGAACUCGAAGUUGGAUUCCCCCGUGGUUCAACCAUCCCAGUCUUUUAUGGAAGUUUACUCCUGUCCGUAUUGCACGAACUCGCCCAUUUUUGGCUCCAUCCUCAAGCUAACAAAGCAUAUCAAAGAAAACCACAAGAACAUUCCACUGGCUCACAAUAAAAAGUCCAAAGGUGAACAGAGCCCGGUGUCUUCGGACGUUGAAGUUUCUUCCCCUAAAAGGCAACGGCUUUCCGCCAGCGUCCAUUCGGUUUCCAAUGGGGAAUACCCGUGUAAUCAAUGUGAAUUGAAGUUCUCCAACUUUGAAAGUUUCCAGACCCAUUUGAAGUUGCACUUGGAGUUGCUGUUAAGGAAGCAGUCGUGUCCUCAGUGCAAAGAAGACUUUGACUCCCAGGACUCUCUCCUGCAGCAUCUCACUGUCCAUUACAUGACGACCUCAACGCAUUACGUCUGCGAGAGCUGCGAUAAGCAAUUUUCGUCGGUGGACGACCUUCAGAAGCACCUCCUGGACAUGCAUACGUUCGUCUUGUACCAUUGCACCCUGUGCCAAGAGGUUUUCGACUCCAAAGUAUCCAUCCAAGUGCACCUGGCAGUCAAGCACAGCAAUGAGAAAAAGAUGUACCGCUGCACGGCCUGUAACUGGGAUUUCCGGAAGGAGGCGGACCUCCAGAUCCACGUGAAGCACAGCCAUUUGGGCAACCCGGCCAAGUUGCACAAGUGCAUCUUUUGCGGGGAGACCUUCAGCACAGAGGUGGAGCUGCAGUGCCACAUCACGACCCACAGCAAAAAGUACAACUGCAAAUUCUGCAGCAAGGCGUUCCAUGCCAUUAUUCUGCUCGAGAAGCAUUUGCGGGAGAAGCAUUGUGUCUUUGAUGCGGGCGCUGAGAAUGGCACGGCCAAUGGCAUGACGCCAGCCAGCAAGAAGGCAGAGUCGACAGAUAUCCCGAACAUGCUGAUCAAAAACCCAGACACCUCCAAUAGCCACGAAGCUAGCGAGGAUGACAUUGACGCCUCCGAACCUAUGUACGGUUGCGAUAUCUGUGGAGCUGCGUACACGAUGGAGGUCCUGCUGCAGAACCACCGUUUGCGGGAUCAUAACAUCCGACCUGGGGAGGAUGAUUGUUCCAGGAAGAAAGCGGAGUUCAUCAAAGGGAGUCACAAGUGUAAUAUCUGCUCGAGGACCUUUUUCUCUGAGAAUGGCCUCCGGGAACACAUGCAGACCCAUCGGGGCCCGGCAAAGCAUUAUAUGUGCCCUAUUUGCGGGGAGCGCUUCCCAUCGCUCCUGACCUUAACGGAACAUAAAGUAACUCACAGCAAGAGCUUGGACACAGGCACGUGCCGGAUCUGCAAAAUGCCACUGCAGAGCGAGGAAGACUUCAUUGAGCACUGCCAGAUGCAUCCUGACCUUCGGAAUUCCCUCACCGGGUUUCGCUGUGUGGUCUGCAUGCAGACAGUCACCUCGACUCUGGAGCUGAAAAUCCACGGGACGUUCCAUAUGCAAAAAUUGGUGGGGAACUCGGCCGCGUCAUCGCCCAACGGCCAGGCGGCGUUGCAGAAACUCUACAAGUGUGCUCUGUGCUUGAAAGACUUCAGAAACAAGCAAGACUUGGUGAAACUGGAUGUUAAUGGUCUACCAUAUGGACUGUGUGCUGCUUGCAUGGCUCGGAGCACCAAUGGACAGUCCUUGGGCCUGACUGUACCGGACAUUAGCGAAAGACCUUGCGGUAGCCUGAGAUGUCCAGAGUGUAGUGUCAAAUUUGAAAGUGCCGAAGAGCUAGAGAGCCACCUCCAGCUGGAUCAUCGAGACCUGACGCCUGAAACCAGUGGCCAAAAGAAGGGUGCACAGACAUCCCCCAUACCCAGAAAGAAGACUUACCAGUGUAUCAAGUGCCAGAUGACCUUCGAAAACGAACGAGAGAUACAGAUUCACGUUGCAAAUCAUAUGAUUGGUGCAGUUCCUGUUCCCCAUGGUGAGGUCUUCCACUCUUUUCCAACCCCCAUCUUACUGGAGAGGAGGAUUAGCAAAAAUGCUAUUACAGAGGAAGGCAUCAAUCAUGAGUGCAAGCUGUGUAACCAGAUGUUUGACUCUCCAGCAAAGCUCCUGUGUCACCUGAUCGAGCACAGCUUCGAGGGGAUGGGAGGCACAUUCAAAUGCCCUGUUUGUUUUACAGUUUUUGUACAGGCAAAUAAAUUGCAGCAACAUAUUUUUGCUGUCCAUGGACAAGAGGACAAAAUUUACGAUUGUUCGCAGUGUCCACAGAAGUUCUUUUUCCAGACCGAACUUCAGAACCACACGUUGAGCCAGCAUGCUCAGUGAGCGUAGCACGACAGGAGACCUCUCUGCGGAGGACUUGACGGAAGCUCAGUGGGGAGGACCAUUUGAACAUUACAUCCAAUCAAAGUGUCAUUUGCAACCCAGAUGUAAAACUCUAAUGAUUUGGCCAUGAGGCGCUGCUAUUAUAAGCAGCUGGAAAUGAAUAUUAAUGGAAGAGAUUAAAAGUAUUCCAUGCGCAGUAUUUUUUAUUGUCCUGCUUGAGCUAAGUGAACUUUAAACCUUCUGCUUCUGAUUGAAUUUAUAGUUGCUAGAUAAAGAAAAAAAAAAAGGAAAAAACCCCCUCUGCUUUUGAUGCGCUUACUCCUUCGUUGCUUCUUGUAUUAUAUGGAUAGUUCUAGAUUUAGGAGUGAUUCCCUCAAACCUAACCCCCCCCCCACUCCUUUUGUUCUUUUUUUUUUUUGCUUUCCUUUCUUUCUUCCAGUUUGAAACUUUUAUUUCCCUUCCCUGUUUAACGGCUUUUUUUUUUUCUCCUUUGUUUGUUUCAUUGCAAUUUUUAGGUAAUUGUGCAUCGUGAUGUGACGGCUUGGCUAUUGUCUGAAUAUAUUAUUUUUUACACUAUUUUCUUUUGGUUUUUGUUUUUUUAACAAUUAAAGACUAAAUGCUUUGAUUGGAUUUGCCAGUUCACCGGACAGUGAUUAAUAAAUAAAUAAAUAAAUAAAAAUGUAAUAAUGAAUUUCAUCAGUUUCAGUGCAACUGGAUGAUCUUGCUUUAUCAAUGUGACUGAAUCUGAUUGCAUUAACUAAUACGGUUCAAUAAAGGGAAUACAUUGGAUGAA